AUGUCUGCAACUGCUAAACACGACAGUAACGCUAGCCCAAAUUCUGACUCUGAAGACGGUCACCACCACAACAAUAAGAAGGAAUGCGCUAUCGAAUAUCUGAAGGCACGGUUAAAUAGUGCAUCAGCAGUCGCUUGCGGCUACCUCCAAGCUUUUGUCAGUAAGACGCAAGACUUUGCCAAAGUAUGCUUUUUAGAACUUCAGAAUCCCGUUGUCUUGGUCAACUUGUUGCUGCAUUCUUCAGUGGUAUGUUAUUUAUGUAACGGGUAUGCGAACCACAACGCCAGAUUCUUGAAGGGGAAACCUAACUCUACAGUCUUAGCAACAACCGCCGGCGCUCUGGGUCUUUUGACGCUGGACGGUAUAAUUUCAAAGAAAUACUACUCCAGAUACGACAAGAAAUAA